ACUGUAAUACGAACGACGCCACUAGAGGCGGGCCAAAGACAGCAGCGCAGGCGCAGAGCGUUGCGAGUCUCGGGACCCCUGUGGGAGAGACUAUGGCGCUCAACAAGAAUCACUCAGAGGGCGGCGGAGUGAUCGUCAACAACACUGAGAGCAUCCUAAUGUCCUAUGAUCAUGUGGAACUUACAUUCAAUGACAUGAAGAACAUGCCAGAGGCCUUCAAAGGGACCAAGAAAGGCACCAUCUACCUUACCCCAUACCGGGUCAUCUUUCUGUCUAAGGGGAGGGAUGCCAUGCAGUCCUUCAUGAUGCCGUUUUAUCUGAUGAAGGACUGUGAGAUCAAGCAGCCCGUGUUUGCUGCGAAUUUCAUUAAGGGGACGGUGAAGGCUGAAGCAGGAGGUGGCUGGGAAGGCUCCGCUUCCUACAAGUUGACCUUCACAGCAGGGGGCGCCAUUGAGUUUGGGCAGCGAAUGCUCCAGGUGGCAUCUCAAGCCUCCAGAGGUGAAGUCCCCAGUGGAGCCUAUGGGUACCCUUACAUGCCCAGCGGGGCCUAUGUCUUUCCCCCGCCAGUCGCCAAUGGAAUGUACCCCUGCCCUCCUGGCUACCCCUAUCCACCGCCCCCACCUGAGUUCUAUCCAGGGCCUCCCAUGAUGGACGGGGCUAUGGGAUAUGUGCAGCCCCCGCCGCCGCCAUACCCUGGGCCAAUGGAGCCUCCAGUCAGUGGCCCCAGUGCCCCCUCCACUCCUGCAGCUGAGGCCAAGGCUGCAGAAGCCGCUGCCAGCGCCUACUACAACCCGGGCAACCCACACAAUGUCUACAUGCCCACGAGCCAGCCUCCACCACCACCCUACUACCCCCCAGAAGACAAGAAGACCCAGUAGACCCUGCCCACCUCCCUGCCUCUUACCCGAUGACCCCUUCCUGGGCCUCCCAUGGAGCUGCAUCUGGGAUUCCAGGAGGCCAGGGAGGGCCCUGUUCUCCCCAGGCCUGAUUAUAAACAGUUAGCAGGAGCUAGCCCUGACGGAAGGGUCCAGCUCCUGGCCUCUGAGAGGCACCUCCCAGCUUCCCACGCUAGCUCAGCCUGCUGCGCUGCUCUACCCAGCUUCUCUUCCACCUUGUCUGGGACUCUCAGGAGUGCAGGAUCACCCCUUGUCCUCACUGUAGCGGCUCCUCCCCACAGAGGGACUCUGGCCACUCCCCCA